CGGCCAACAUUCCUGUCUUCGCAACCCGACUUUCGGCCAUUUUGGUGUCGCACAUGCGUGGCUGGCCUGCGACUACAGGUCCUUCACCAAAGCCUCGCCGUUCCGCCCUCUUCCAUAAUCUCAUCAGCGCUCUUCACGAUCUCAAGAGCUGAGAACUUACUGAACAUCCACUCCUGCAAUCCAUUGGACUUUACCCGCUGAAUUCUGAGCUUCAUCAUGACUACCACGACGAACGGCGAACAGCCAAAGGUCAAAAGCCCUCAGCAUCUGGCUCAUGUUUUGCUCAAAACGACCAGACUAGACGAAAUGAUCGACUUUUAUGUCAAGCUACUAGGCGGCAAAGUAGCCUUUCGCAAUAAAUACAUGGCUUUCGUCGCUUACGACGACGAGCAUCACCGCAUUGCCAUCGGAGCACUGCCACAUACUGGGCCUCCUAGUCCACAUGCUAGCGGUCUUGAACACAUCGCUUUCACAUACGACACCUUGGAUGAUCUUGCCCUUUCGUAUGAACAACGAAAGAAGCUGGGCAUGAAUCCAGUUUGGUGUGUCAAUCACGGUCCAACGACUUCCAUCUACUAUGAAGAUCCGGACGGCAAUCAUUUGGAGAUGCAGGUCGACAAUUUCGAUACUGCUGACGAAGCAACCGAGUACAUGAUGUCGGCGGAGUUUGAUGAGGAGCCCAUUGGCUAUGAUUUUCAGCCCGAGGAGCUCAUUGCCCGUCUCCGGAGUGGCGAAGACCAUGAAUCCAUCAAGAGGCGAAUGGGUUCCGGCGGUAGAAGGCAUCCACCGUACUCACAGCCAGUGCAUGUAUGAAAGAUCGCGCACAAGGAGUGUCCUCACGUGGCUGCUGGAGAAGGAGCCGGGGUAGGAGCCACUUCUGGCUUCGAUCAGGCUUGUUUCAAGGCACUGGACCCAAGACGAGCUUCACAAUAUUAAUCUCGAUAGUUAGAGUGUACAUAGCGCAUUGUUUCACCAUAUCAGUCUCCGGCUUCUACUAGUGCAACGGUUGGGGGCCUGGAGACGUGUUUAAUUUUGCUUUCGUGUAUUUCCAGAAAGCUAGUAACAUCUAAGACUCGCAAACAUUACCGUGUUCACCUUUGA